AUGUCAACGCACGUAGAAACCCCUUCAUUGCCAUGUCCCUUCCACGAAGGUGAUCAGCUCAACAAUGAUCUCGAUGCAUCGCUUGAUUAUUUGCCAGGUUAUCCCCGUAUCAAGAUGAGCAAUGAAAAGGAGUUGUUUGAUUUUAUUCGCCAGGAAGUCUGGUCAGAGGAUCUCGAGUCGAUGUCGGGCAGACUCUGGUGGAUGUCGAAGCAGGAUAGCAGCAAUAUCUCUCCGUUACAUCGACAGCGAGUGAAGGGCCGACAGAUUAUCGUUACCGAGGAUCCCCGGCUACAUCUCAUCUGGAUCGACAAUCGAACCUUCCUGAAACCUCUCCCCCGGUACAUAACGUCCUACGUAUUCUGGGAUCCGUUCAUGAGUGAUCCGUCUAAAUAUGGUGCAAGGGUGGAGCUAAGAAAGGCCGCACUCGGGUAUCUGCGAACAUAUUUCUAA